AUGUACAUUAAAUGUAAUACAAAUGUAAAUUAUUUAUUUCAAAAAACUACUAGAGCAAGUACCCAAGGUAUCAGUUUAUACAGAAACCAACAAUCACAAAUAUGUUUAGCUAUUGGUAAAGAAGGUAAAAAAGGUGUUACUUCAUUUAAAUUAGAAGAGUCUUUAUCAAAAAUUUAUAGUGAUUAUGUUUCAGAUGGCAAAUGCACUAUAGAAUUAAAAUUGGCAGGUGGAUCAUGCACAAAUAUUUUAAUCAGUAAAGCAAAUCCAGAUGAAUUGUUAAAUUUCUUAAGUAUUUUAAAUAUAAUAAUGAUAACACCGGAAAGAUCAUUCGAAAUCGAUUUAGGAAAUCAAAGCAAUGAAGAAGAAGAGGAAGAAUAA